CCUGUCGACCCUCUAGCUUGUGGGUCAUGAAUACGGCGUGGCUCGCCAGAUCGCAUCGGCAAGGUUUCCUCGCACGGCCCUCCAGCACGGACGGUACCUGGCGCAAAUUGACGCCAUUGGACUGUCGCUCCAACUAUCCCUUCCAGCUCUAACCAGGCGGCUCCACCCCCGCAUUACUAGUGGGGAACCCCAGAGAUCGCCGUAUCAAGUAGCUUAUCCCUGCUCGGAGCGUAACCGAUGUCGCAAGAACACAGUACCAUGGCCUGGAAUGUCAUAUAGGCGGGUGCGCAGAGUUUCCAUGGACUACCCCUAUAAGAUGCUGAGGCCGCCAUGAGCAGAGCUGGUAAAGAACAUUAAUCCUUUUGACUUGCACUGUCCUAGAACGUGGAGUCGUCAAAACAAUCGCAAUGACAUCUGAAAACGGGAAUAUUGACCCAGCAUGGCCACCUGGCACGGUUCGCAUCGAAGUGGCGUCCGAGUCCGACCGCAGUUCGAACGUUAUCCUACAACCAAAACCCAGUCAUGACCCCAACGAUCCGCUGAAUUGGCCCACAUGGCGCAAGCACCUCAACUUUUCCCUAGUUUCCUACUAUGUGAUGAUGGUUUUUGCAUUAAUCGAUGUGGCGACGGUCACCUGGGGCCCUGUCAACGCCGAGCUCGGGUUCAGCUUCGAGAUCCUGAAUGACAGCUACGCAGCAGGAUGUGGAGCGCUCUGCAUCGGAAGCGUCAUUAUCAUCCCCUUCGCCCUGAAAUACGGUCGACGGCCGGUAUACGUCUUCAGCACUGCCUUCCAAUGCGCUAUCAGCGUGUGGACGGCACGGAUGAUGAACGUCGCGGACUUAAUGGUGGUCAAUAUCCUGAGCUGCGUCGUCGGCGCGUUGGCAGAGGUGCUGGUGCAGAUGACGGUCGCAGAUAUCUAUUUUGUCCACCAGAGAGGUUUGAUGAAUGGCAUCUACGUCUGGGUCAUGACCGUCGGAACUAGCCUGUCUCCAUUGGCCGGCGGGUACAUCGUGGACUCACAGGGCUGGCGAUGGGUCUGGUGGUGGAUGGUGAUCCUAUUCGGUGCCGGGCUGGUCGCUUUUCUAUUUUUCUAUGAAGAAACAAAGUUUGUUGCGACCCCUACUGAGGAGGUUCCUCCGUCCCUGUCACCAGUGAAGGCCCAAGACGGAAAGGAGAGUUUUGAACAUCAAGAAAAUGUAACAAGGGAUGAGGAGAAUCCACAGGAAGAUAACAAAAUGCGAAUGGAAGCAGAGCUGGAGCACUGGAUCGACCCUUCGAUUCCAAAGAAGACCUAUCUGCAGAGGCUUGCCUUGUGGACAAUCUCACCAAGCUCCCUGGCCAACUUCGCACGUUAUAGCUACGAGCCCUUUGUCAUGCUUUUCACCAUUCCAGCCAUAUUCUUUAUGGCUGUGGUGUAUGGCGCGAUGACGGCCGCGGUGACGGUCACCGUCACAACGCUUUCAUCGUGGAUGACUCUUCCCCCUUAUAAUUUCACUGCCGCGCAGAUUGGCCUGAUGGGUCUCCCCUCAUUCAUCGGCACGUCCUUGGGAAUUCUCCUCGCAGGGCCCUUAAGUGACAAACUAAUUCUCCUUCUCGCGCGGCGAAACAAUGGGAUUUAUGAGCCGGAGAUGCGCCUAUGGCUCUCCUUGGCAUUUACUCCCUUUGUACCGGCGGGACUGAUCAUGUUUGGAAUCGGUUUAGAUAAGGGGCUUCCGUGGCCAGUGCCAGCGGUAGGCCUCGGGCUGGCCUCCUUUGGCUCAACACCACCCAGUAGCGUCGCUCUCACGUAUCUGACGGAUGCCUACACCGACAUCGUGGCGGGCUCUCUCGUCGGUGUUACCUUUGUCCGCAACCUCAUCUCGACCAUCUUUGUCUUUGCUUUGGCUCCCUGGAUUGCUAGCUCCGGUUUGACGGGCUUUUACAUUACAUUCAGUGUGAUUUUAACCGUCAUACUUCUUGGCAAUGCUUUGCUUAUGAUGUACGGGAAGAAACUUCGGGUUCUGGGCGCGAGAAGAUAUCGGUAUUUUGCCGGGAAGCAGAUCGACCUCCGCGAGUAGUUAUAUAUGUACAUUCUGUGCUGAUGCAGCUACCAAGGGAUAGUGCUAAUGAGACCUGAGAAUCAGUGAAGGAUAGUGGUAAUUAUUGUAGUGUACUCAGCAAUUAUUGCUUCAGCAAUUAUUGCUGCGCACGUGAAUAUACACAGAAAGGCCUGCAGCUUUCCUAUCUUCUUUGAUCAAUACCAGAGUUUGUAGCGACAUACCACUGCAAGUUCACUCGGUUAUAUGACAUGAAUAAAAAUGCGGCCAUAGCGGGUCAGUGGGAAUGUCC